GGACGGCGAGCCGCAAUGAGCGCGUCGCUAGGCCGGGCCGCGGCGGCUCUGCUCCGCUGGGGGCGCGGCGCGAGCGGCGGCGUCCUGCCGGGCGCGGGCGUGCGAGCGGCGAGCUCGGGCGCGGGCGGCGGCGGCCAGGCGGAGCAGCUGGACGCGAUGGUGAAGAAGGACAAAGUGGUGGUCUUCCUCAAGGGGACGCCAGAGCAGCCCCAGUGCGGCUUCAGCAACGCCGUGGUGCAGAUCCUGAGGCUGCACGGCGUCCGCGACUACGCGGCCUACAACGUGCUGGACGACCCCGAGCUCCGACAAGGCAUCAAAGACUACUCCAACUGGCCUACUAUCCCGCAGGUGUUCCUCAACGGCGAGUUUGUGGGGGGCUGUGACAUCCUUCUGCAGAUGCACCAGAAUGGGGACCUGGUGGAGGAACUGAAAAAGCUGGGGAUCCGCUCGGCCCUGUUAGAUGAGAAGACAGACCAAGACUCAAAGUGAGGGCGCCAGCCAGAGCAGCCCCCUGCCCCGCCCUACCCGAGAAGCCUUAUCCUGCGUCUCCCGUCACCGUGGACGCUCGCACCGGCCCUCCUGGCUCCUCAGAAGGCGGGAGGCCCAACUGUGGUCUUUGGCUCCCAGUGUCCUGUGGUGACCGUCCUCUCUGCCAGCGCUCUGUAGCUGCUCAGUGUGGGACCCUGAUGUUGCUGUAGACCAAGCUUGUUCUUCCCUCCGGGAGUCCUCCCUGACCCCUGCAUGUGUGCCAGGCUGUAAGGACGCCGCGCCUCCCAUGUUUUUACAACUUCUAUUAAGGAAAAGAUGGACAAAGAAUAAAAUGUGGUAACUGGUGUUUUUUUAAAAUAAACUGCCAACACAAGAGCA